GAGAAAUAGCAAAGCUAAAAAAAACAUGACAAAUCUGGCUGCCAGUUAUGGACUUUUGUAACAAGUUAAAAUUUUGUACUGAUCUGUAUCGUAAUAGCUAUUGAUCUUUAUUACAGUCCAUCGAUGCUAAAUCAUAAUUAGGAUUAAAGAAAUAUAUUAAAUUGAAAAUUCUGUGAAGCCAAAAUACAGACUGGCCAUAAGCAGAGAAGAAGAAUUUAUAAUUUUAUAUGACCAGCAGAUUCCAACAGAAAUGGUUCUGAAAAAACAUUUUUUCCCAUAAAUUUUUUAUUUUAUCUUUAGUUUUCCAAAAUAUUUCAGAAGCGUUUAAUUUUCUUUCACAUCAUUUUUUUUGCAGCAUACAUUACAAAUGUUUGAUAUGUACUGUCAAAUACUUCUAAAACCUUUUUAUACUGUCCUAAUUUUACGCAAUAGCAUCAUAUCGAUAAAUUAGACGUUUUAGCAAGUUAAUGGAUAGAAGAAAGCGAAAUACCACAAAAAAAAUAUUGUACAACUUCUUUUAACCCCCAAAUGCAUGAUUUUUUUUAAAUAGUUUCUUAACUGAACCGAAUUUGAAACUCUCAUUGAGAACCAGCAGUUUUUCAUCACAUUUGAAGACGUUUCACUUUUUUAUGAAUAACUUGCAGAAAGUUAACGCCCCGUUUUAUUUUGUGAACGAUGUUUUUAGAAGACAAUUGGCUUAUUUGUCCCAACUAUUUUGGGGACUAUUUAAUCCAUUUCGAACUUAUUUAAAUAACUAUUUUCCUUUUACUGCAGUAUUUCUUGAUAGCUGCACAAUUAGCCAAGUUACAUGUCAAGGUUUUUAGACGGGCUUCAAUUCAACAUUUAGUUUUAAAAGAAGCUAAAGAAGCAUAAUAAAACGUCGUCGCAAAUCUUCGGACUUUCAAAUUGAAUGCUAGAGUAUGCUACAUUAACAAUGUCUCAAAAUGGCAACACUGCUCCACUAGUUAUUACGUAGAUUUGAUAUCAACUGCUACUGAUGAGAUUGUUCUCAAGCUUUUGUAUCACGUUGCUUCUAAAAAAAAAGCAAAUCUAACUGCUGGUUCGAUUGCCAAAUCGGUCACAUUUGGUUUAAAAAUUAAGAACCGGAAGCAGCCAGGUAUCGACACAGUGUACAUCACAUAACCAGGAACCAUCCUGACAAAGGUGCAAAAUAAUGCGGAAUACUAGUGCUACGCCCCCGGGUUCUGUUUCUCCCAUACACCUAUCUUCCUGAAAAGCAGAAGCGUCCGCGCUUCCAAGUAAGCGAUUUUCCGUCGAGUGCCAACGAAGCGAGCGGAACAAAGUUGAAAAGCGAAAUGUGUUUUACACAGCCGGCAGGAAAGAUAAAGUGAAAAUAUUGGUGAAAUAUUAAGAGCGAAUCAAUUUAGUUGAUAAAUUAUAAAGUGUUAUCUAUGGAACCAGAAAAUAGUACGACAAAAAGGUGUUAUAUUGUGUUCGUGACACCAAGCCCACAAUUGGGAAAGUAAUUUUCUUCAAGUGGCAUUUUUCAAACAAAGAUACACACUAUGGAGGAUGAAGAAGCGGCAGCGAUCGAAUCAACAACCAGCGAAAGUUUGGUAUCCGAAGCAGAACAACUUCCGGAUCGGAACGAAGUGGUGCCCACCAAAACUAGUACCACUCUAAACUGUUCGGAUCAAGAAUGUAAUUUACCUGCGUCUCCGUCCACGAUCAACUCAAGUGAAGUGGACGAUGGAGCUGAAAAAUCAUCAACAGCCAUCGGGGAUGAAGUUGACACCGAUGAAUAUCAUUCUGAAUUACCGGUACAUCUCGAAUCAGAAGCUAUUGCGAGCACUAGUGAAGAACUAAGUUUACCGCCGAAGGUAAAUGUUACCGAAACGAUAUCUAACAAAAAAUCAUCAUCGCAAGACAUUGCAGAAGAUGAUAAUCUUUCAGCAUUUUCUGCGGAGUCCAGUGGUGAGUGCGUGGAAAAGUCGGAAGAAAAACGGCCAGUACAAAACGAAGUUAAAAUUGAAGCGGAUAUAAAUCAUCCGGCAUCACCUAUGCAAGAUGCAAUUGAUAUGAAAGAAUUAGAAAGCAAACAAACUGAUCGAGAGGAAAGUCACGUUGACAUUGAUCAGCAGGAUAUGGAAGAAGCUGAUCAUGAAGAAGAAAAACCUGACGAAGUUGUGAUAAUUAAACAUAAAAUCAACGGCAACAUAACAGAAGAAUCAUUUGUUGGAGGAAUUGAAUCACAAACCGAGUCAAAUGAGGAAACAGAUUUAGAAAGUGAUAAAAAUGAAAGAGAGGAGCUAGAUCGGUUGACGAGAGAUUCCGAUACUAAACUCACUGAAAGUGAUACCGUGGAACCAAGCUCGUCCAACGAAACCUGUCGAAGUAGUACAUCUUAUACGAAUUUUGAGGCGACCACUACGGAAACUUCCGAAGGUGAUAUGGAUGUCGAUGAAGAGAUAGACAAGGGUACGCAAAAUCGUGAGGAAAAUAUGGAGGAUCGAGUGAUAGAAGAGGACCAGAGACUACGUAUGGAAUGUCAUGAUAACGACAAAAACAGCACACCUGUUGAAGGAGUGAGCCGAAAUGAAUACGACAACGAAGACCAUCUAGGGAAAGAUAGUGACCCGGAAAAUAGUUCGGAAUAUAGUCACAACGGAAAUGUUUCACACACUAAAGCAAGUGGGUGUGAUAACAUCGAGUUGACUGCACAAAGCGAUCAAAAAUUUGAUAGUCCUACCCUUAAACGCCCGCGUUCGAUUAGCCCAGCUAGUUUAAGUAUUGAAGAUGGUGCAGAACCAACUCAAAAACUUCAGAAAUUAGGCGAGAGUUUACCGGAUGAGCAAGAAGAAGUUUUACAGAGGAUAUCAGGUGAAGACGCCGAAAGUCAAUCUGUGAAAUCGAGCAACAGUUUCCAUCAUCAGUUUGAAACUACAGAUUUUAUAGCUGCCAAUGAAGCCGGCAAAUUAGAUCAAUCGAUUGAUUCAGGGAAGUCAUCGCUUGGAGACAGUAAUGAAAACGAUAAUGAAGAUGAAAAUGCUGGAACAUUGGGCCAGCACCCCAGAGACGAACUUCCACAUAGUGAUCUUCAUCCAGCAAAAGAGAAUAAUAUCGAGGAUGAUGAUUUAGAUGAAGAUGAAGACGAUAAGUCCAGCAGUUCCAGCUCAUCCAGCUCGUCAAGUUCUAGUUCCGAUUCGGACAGUUCAGAUGAAGAAACUAAAGAUGAUGAACGAUCGGUGGCCACUGAACAACCAAUAAAUACAGUUGAAGAUAGUCCAGCAAAAACUCAUACUUUCAAUGAAAACCCAUUAGCAGAAAAACAAAAUGUUCCUAAGGUAGAUGAAAAUGGAGAUGAGUCACGAUCAAAAAUGGAAGAUUCUGAAUCGCAAAUGUCAGGUGAUGCUGAAGAAGACGACGAAGAAGACGGAGCAACUGAAAUCGAAAAAGAUGCUAAAAUCACGAAAAGUGAAGGGUUGAAGCUUUCCAUCUCUUUGAAAAGGCCUCUCAUGGAUGGAAAGACAUCCGAAGAAGCAAAUUUACCUGCAACGUCAGCCUCAUCUCAACCGCAACCAGUUGACUUUAGUAAUUUUCUUAGCCAAGAAAAAAUAUUGGGUCAUGAUCGCCCACCUCAAUUGAUUAAGAUUGACUACAACAGCAAACCAGCUGUGAAUAAUUUGAGUGACCAGGUCCAGCGGUUGGAAUCGCAAAUUCAAAACUCGGAAUCGGAACACUUGCCUGGUAAUUUUAAUCUGCUUAACAACCAGCUGAAAACCAAUUAUUUAGGAGUGAAUUCGUCGGAUUUUUUGCUAGAAGAAUCCUCCGAUACACUGGAUGAGGAAAACCGAUUGGUCAUUGCUGAAAAACAGCGUAGAACGCGGAAAAAGGUCACAUCACCGACAAAGCAAAUGAGUAUUCACCAGCAAUGGCUUCAUCAGCCAAAAGCUCCCUUUCAAUACAGUGGAACCGGUUAUCCUAAGGCGCCCCCAUUGAAACGUGCCCCUCAACAAUUGAAACCAUUUCAACAGCAACCGCAGCAACAAUCCCUCAUAAGGACCAUGCUAGCCAGUAACAAGCUGUCACAACAGCAUCUGCCAACCCCUCCAUUGUUGCAACAAGUUCCAAAUUCAGUGGAACCCCCACAGACUAUACCAAAUCUCCCUCCUGCCCAGCAACCUGAGAAAAAGAAAGACAAAAAGAAGGUGUUCCUAUGUUCACCUUGCGGUACUCAUUACGAAAACUGGAACCUCUUUAAACAUAUGCGAGAGAUUCACAAAAAAUAUAUUUGCCUGUAUUGUCUAGGCAUUUUCCAGACAGCGGAACGAUUGGUGAACCAUCUAGAAACUAAGCAUCAAGUGCGGAAAAAACAUGUGAACAGUAUCGAGGAUUACCAAAAAAAACAAUGUCAGGAACAGCAGAUUGAUAUCAGUAAACCACUGUACCUUAUGUGUUCUCGCUGUGAACAUAUAUUUGAGCGAGCGAACGCUGCAGAUAACGAUGCAAUUGUGCAGCACAACUGUGCAGAUUAUCUGGAUACGUGUGAGAGCUGUGGCAAUCUGAAACAAUCAAAACAUAAGUGUGGCGAAAAGAAACUAGAUUUAACAACUGCUUCGUCAGCAGGACCUCAUUCCAACAACCUUAACACAACGUCUAACGUAAGGUUGGAGGCCAUUAGCGACCACAGCAUUGCGCCACCUGCGCCGCAAAAUAACGAAAGUCGUCCCAACAAUAUCGGAAACCGAAAAAUCUUGACUAAAAAACCUAAAACAGCCAAUGCUCACAACCCCGAUUCCUUCAGCAGUCCAAUCCUUCAAUCCCAACUCAUGAAGCCACUACAGGCAGCACCAUCUCAGGCUGACAGUAUGUUAUUUACCGCCAAUCAGAUCCUGCCUCAACAACUUUCAACUUUGUACCAAACAUCGUCCCAGCACUAUCCCGUGCAUAGCAAUCGGAAUCAAACUGGAAUGAUCUCCACCAUCCCUGCCAGUUUGCUAAACGUAAACGAGACUCCUUCAGAGCUGCCUCCGGUUCCAACUGAGCUGCCAGCUGAAAUGCAACAACAACAACAACAGCAGCAGCAAAGGUUGGAGCAACCACCGGCAGAUGAAGACCGACCCCCACUGCUGGUUCCGAAGCUGAAGGUUAAAAUUCCCAAACAGUUUUGUACCCCAAUCGAGAGUGAAGAAUCGUCGACCGAAAGCGACUACGACGAUGACGAAGAUGAGACGCCAGCUGGAGACGAAGAAACGGACACGGCCAACGAAAAAGAACCUCAAAAGUCGGAGAACAUUGAGGAUCCUGUAUCGCAAAACCAGAACGAAGCUGACAAAAGCACACAACAGAAAGCGAAUGCCGAAGAAGCUGACGUUAAGUUUGAUCCUGUAGAGAUGGAUAUCGAAGAGGAAGGUGAUCGACAGCCUGUUAAUCUGCCUCCUGAAAUGGGUCCUGCUCCUGCACCAGUUGGCCAUGUACCCUCAACGGUGGAACCGAUGAGCAUUGAUGAAUCUCCUCAGCCAACAGAACCGCCCGGAGCUGUUUCCCCAGAAAAAUCAUUCACGGAAGGAUCUGCAGCUCCUUCCGAUGGUAUAGUUGUUGCCGAUGAAGACGCCCAGCUAUUUGAGUUGCGUUUGGAUGAACCACUGGAUAAGAUUGAAAUUAGAGAGUUCAUUAAAAUUUGUCUUCGUUCGACGGUUCCGUUCUGUUUGUAUUGCAACCACGCGCGUCGUAUUGCCGUAAAUGGCAAAUAUCUGGCUCUACAUUUAUUGGCCUCACAUCGCUUCCAGGCAUUGGUGAACAGUAUAACGGCAGAAGAACUCCUGCCAGCUACAAUUGUGCAGAGAUUCAAAUCUUCACUCGAUGAGUUGGAACCACUUUUCUUCAACCUGGAAACAUUCGACAGCAGCUGGACAGCAGAGGAAAAAGCUGUUACAUAUCCCAAGCAGUUCGAGUGUUUCCAGUGUCGAUUCAUUACCCGGAUUCACAAGGAACUUUAUCUACACAACCGAAAAAUGCAUCAAAAGUCUCUACUUAUGUGCUUGAUGUGUCGGUCGAACUUUUUUAGCUAUAGUGAGCUCCUAUGUCACAUGUGUCCAGGAGCGCCAAAUCGAAUGAUAGCGUUGGAUUUCAGCUUUCGUUGUUGUCUGUGUAAUAUAGACGGAAUUCCGUCAGCCUUUAGGCUGAUGGUUCAUCUGAGAAAGCGACACAUGGCUUGUGAUGUUUGUUUAGAACAGUGCGUCGAACAAGGGUCACUCUCAAAUCAUGUCUGGAAGCACAAAUUGCACCAUCUUUGCUAUCGAUGUGGUAUCGCGUAUCGGAACAAGGCAGAUAUUAUGAAACAUUUAUUCUGGAAGCAUGGGACCGAGGGUGUUCUGUGUAAGCGCUGUUUGCAGAAAAAGUGGCCGCACGUAUAUCAUUUCUGCGUGCCACCGGCGUACUUUUACUGUGAUGUUUGUCAGUUGGGUUUCCGGCGUUCAUUUGCUUUAAAAGUUCACCAGCGAUUGCACAACGGCGAGGAAAAAUAUCCGUGCAGUGAGGAUGGCUGUGAGAAGAAAUUCAUAUCUAAAAAGUUGCUGGUGAAACACAUUCAACGGCAUUAUGAGCCACCUCCACCGCCCCCAUCGCCACCUAAACCGAAAGAACCGACUCCAGAACCGGUGACUCCUGUGGAACCAAUUAAACAGGAAGAACAAACGAAGGAAGAAUUGGCAGCUCAAGUAAAGCAAGAAUCUGAAGACAAAAAGGUGAAGGUUGAAACAAAGGAUGAAGCCAAGGAGGAGAGCAGUAAGGCAAAUCUUGAAACACCACGUAAGAAAAAGAAAAAGCGCUCUAAGGAUGACCCAUUAGGAGAUUUGAUUAAUCUACCCGCGCUUAAUCUAUCAGAGAGUGAUAGCAGCGACGAUUCAGAUGAUGGGUCAAAUUUGAGCAAUAAGAAAUUCGCACCAAACGCUAGCGGUGAUGCCAAGUUGGAUGGCGAUGUUAGUUGUUCAGUGCCAAAAGAGGAGGCCGGAGUGGGAGUCACGGUGGAAGAAGAACAGGAUAAAGAUGACGAUGAUAAAUCUGCGAUAGAUGCGGUUGCAAAUAUAUGGAACAAUUUCAAAAAUUUUCAAGCCAGCAGGGCAAACAGUAGGAAACCCUCGCUGUCGGAUGAAAUUUCCGAGGAACAGUUUGUCGAAAAGAUGUUGUCUAGUAAAGUGCUACAUGUUUCACAAUCUGAUCACGAUUACUGUAUGAUGUUUAAAAAGAUUUAUCCGGAAACGAAGUCGGCCGAUAUGGGAGAAACCAUAGUGAUUGAUGACGAUGGCAAUGUAGAUAGUAGUAAAAAGUCGGAAUCUUUGUUGAAAACACGCGUUGGCAGCCCGUCUAAGAAACAGAAGUCGCCCAGAAAAAGAAAACCAUCGAAAAGUGGUUCCGAUUCUUCCAGCAGCGACAGUGGGAGUGAUUCUGAUUCAAGCUGUGAAUGUGGCUCGAACUGUAGUUGCAGUUCGAGUAGCUCCGGAAGUAGUAGCUCGAGCUCCGACUCAGAUACUUCGGAUGAAGAGAAUAAAACAUCAAAACAGUCCAAGACUAAAGACGAAUCGAAAAAAGAACAGAAACCAGCUACGCCUCCGCCACCUCCACCGAAAGAAGAGCCCCCAGUUGAGCCACCUGUACCAGUGGAUCCAGAUACUAUUAUUAAUGAAUCCGAUUUGGAAACAGAAGAGUCAGAAACCGAUGAAGAAUUCUACGAUGAGCACCCACAAAAAAUGGCUAGUCAACUGUUAGCUGAAAAACGAAAACAACUGAUGCAGCAAACUUGUAUGAGUCCACUGAACAGUUUUGGUAUAGUAGAAAACAGCCGCCCAUCAACUCCUUCCCUACCGGAAGAAAUGGUCUCCAAGAAAAAGGUCAAACCAAAAAAACGAAAACGCGAGAGGAAAAUAUCGAGGAAAACUCCCCCAGGGCUACUGUCUCAUCCUCAUCUACAACAUUUCGGUGGUAUUCCUCCUCCGUUGAAUUUAAAUCAUGUUGAUCAGUUCUCUCCGGCACCGCCGCUUCCUAUGGUUCCACAAACAGCACCACCUAUGUUGCAUCCAGUCGAAAAUCAUGCUUCGAUACAUGAUCCGGAAAGCUUGACAGCAUCGGCUCCCGGAACUCCCUUGGCAACCAACUCCGCUAGUCUUAUCCACACUCCACGUUUAAGUACUGGUGGAAAUAUUUCUGAAAGUAGUUCAUCGGUCAAGCGAUCGCAACGCAGUCGCAAACCGAACAAAUUCUACGGCUACACCAGCGACGAAGAAAUGGGCCAACCAUUGACUCCUUUGACGUCACGGAAUCCAGAAAAGUCCAUUCUUUCCGUUAUGAAACCAACACCACCGCCAAAUUUGGUCUGGAGUAAAGAAGAUCUUCCAUCACCGACAAGUACAAAAACUAAAGGGACCAAAACGAUAAAAAAUGUAGGUGAACAACACACUCCUGUUACAUCCCGUCUGCCGCCAACAACUGUUACCCAACAACCUCCUAAAAUUGAUUCAUCCCGUAUACCACACGUUCCCGUGCAUCACAUCAAUCCAAGCCCCAUGGGCACACCGCAUCAAACCGAUGCCGACAGUGAUUCCAGUGAAGAAGGGGCUCUUCAAAUAACCCAAAAACCCAGCAAAACAGCCUCUUUCAAAACAACCCCGCAUCGACCUCCUCCGCCACUGCCCAAACUCAAACUGUCGCUUUCGAAUAAAUCAACUCCAAAUAGUCGAGGGGGAACGCCCAAAACGCCGAGCAGUGGAACGGGCCGAAAACGAGCUGCUCCGAAAACCAAAUCAUCCAAAUCGGCGGUUUCCAGUAUUGCAGCACCAGCAGUCCCAUUACGGCCACCAGCUCCGGAACGUCCAACGAUUGCUCAAGCUUUCCAACCUCCCAUUGUGGAUCCAGCGGCACCAAAAAUAGCACCUCUUGGCUCUUUCCCUAGUAUCCAGAGCGAAUUCUUCCCGGCCAACCAAAUCCGCAUACCUACAGGAUGGCGUCCGCCGCGAGAAGGUGAAUCCGUAUAUUGCUACUGCAGAUGCCCAUACGAUGAGGUAUCCGAGAUGAUUGCCUGCGACGGGGACAACUGUCGAAUCGAGUGGUUCCACUUCGAGUGUGUGGGCAUCAUUAUGCCGCCGAAAGGGAAGUGGUUCUGUCCGGAGUGCAAACUGAAACAAGCAGGCGGUGGUGGGGCAGCAGCGCUGCCCGGUGGCGGUGAUCUGCAGGACAAUUUGUUGGAUUCGAGUUGAAGCCGCACCUUUGUUUAUUAGGGUUGUUUUUAUAAGUGUGUUGGAUUUAUUUUUCCGUGUAAGUGAGGAAGUGAAGGAUUUUUUUUCUUUUCGACCAACUGGUUUAAAUGAUAACGAACUGCACUGAGUUGUAGCGAUUGUUUUUUAAGUGGUACCUACCCUAGUUGGUUCUGUAAUCUGGAAAUCGAUUCCAGUUAAUAGUGUGGGGCUGCCUUUAGCUUGAGCGCUAUCCAUGAUUUUGUUUUUCUUCGAUUAUCAAUGUUACUUAAUUUUAUUUGAAAAAUACACUCAACAUACCCUGUAUCUGGGUUGGGGAUUUUUCUGUAAAACUAAACUUUCUCAGUAACGUUACAAUUUAAAUAUUACGUAGCGAGAAAUUUUAGUGGCUUCAUGUGCAUUUUAAAUUACGCAGGACUCCGAAUUUCAAAGUCAUAUGGAUAAUACGAACCUAUUAUGGUUGUUUUCAAAUUAACCGGGUAAAUUGUAUAAAAUUGUGGAUAUUUUCUCGAACAGAUUUAAAUAUAAAAAUUAAAAAGUAAUUCUAAAAAUAUUCUGUUUCUAGGAAGAUAUUGAUUAAAAAACAAUCGUGUGUGGAAUUCAAAAAUAAUAAUUAAGAAAACUUCGGAUGUAGUUUUCUUAUAACCCGGAAACUUAUAACUAAACGGAGAAAUAUACCUACACAAAAUGUGAAUCAAUAAAUUCCCCACACUUCAUUGUAGUGAUAGAACUAUCCCUUGAAUCCCUGGUUGAACCUCUGUUGGGAGGUCCUUUUUCGAAACGCUUAUGAUUAUGUUCGUGGUAAUGAAAACACGAUAGAAAAAAAAUGUACAAUAGAAUAGUUUAAGUCACGAUUAGCUUUGUAAAAAUAGUUUUGUCAUCGAUUUAGUUAGGACAGAUUGCACACCAAUUCAGCUAGUAUUUCCUUUAUUUUCGUGAACUUAAUCGGAAACUAGAAUGCGGCUUCUGAUUUGAUGCGCAAUACGUCGAGUGUAAAAAAGGUUUGUUUUUCUGCAGUAAAUGUUUUCGCUUUUGCUUUCGAUAUAGGAGUAUAGUUUAAACCUGUUGGGAUUUACCCAUCGUUUCCUGUGUCCUAAAUAAAUAUUAAUUUUUUUGGAAAACCAAUGAAAAACGGUAAACAACACGCUUUUGAAAGAGAGUUUAAAAAACUUUUUCGGUUAUUUUUAGAUGCCAGCAACGUAUUUUGUAAGGAAAAAUUCUUGUAAAUAUAGGAGUGGCAGUGAUUUAGAAACUUAUUAGAGUCCCUCUUUCUGAUUGGUGCGUGUUGAAAGCGCUGAACAUUUACAACCUUUUUCAGUUUGGAUAGAUAACACUAAGAACCGACCUAAUGAAGCUUAGAAUUUCAUGUAAUAGAUACUAUUAGAAACAAAAAAAAAACAUUAUAAUGAUACCUGAUACACGAGGUGAUGUAACGCAAAAAGCUAUCAAAAUUAUAUCGAAUUAUUUGGAAUAAACUAAAGGAAUGCCGCAAAAAUCAUAAAAAUUUUCUUGUGACUGUUAAAAACAAAACAAAAGUUGUCUAAUUUAGUCUUUGCGCCAUAAACGAUAUGAGAAUCUAAAACGUGAACAAAUCGAAAGGUUUAGACCUUUGAGAAUAUAAACCAUACAACACAUUUGACUGGAGCCCGUUUGAGAUAAGUUGAAAAAAACGUGGAUAAAUAUUACUGGUAAUGAUACAAUGUAACGUUAAACGAACUUUCAGCAUAAAUAUAAAAUACCAUAUUAGUCCACAUAGUAAGACUACAGUGUUGACACCUGUGAAGAUUUA